GCCGGCUCUCGAGCCCGGUGCCGGUGCCGGUGCCGGUGCCGGUGCCGGUCCCGGUCGGGCGGGCUGAUGCAGCCCGGUGCCCCCAGUCCGAGCCGGGCUGGGCUGGGCAGAGCCGGGCAGGUGCCGUGACCGAGGGUCGGCGGCCCCGCGCCCCCGGCAGCGACACCGAAGGGUCCCGGAGGGGUCUCGGUGCGGUGCGACCCGUCCCGGUCCCGCCCCGCUGAGUCACCGCCCGCCCGGGGGGACGAGCGCGGCGGGAAGGGGCGGGCCGGUUUCUCCCGUUGCUCCGCCGCCAGCCCCGCCGGGCUGGGUGGGCUGCAAGGUGCCGAGCCGAGCCGUGCCGAGCGGAACCGGGGCAGCGCGCCCCCCCCGCCCCCGACCCGGGCACAGGCUCUGCUUUGUCCUCAAAGGCCAAGCCAAAGCAGAGAGCUGCCCAGGAUGAAGGUCCUCCUGCUGCUGCUUCUCUCCCCUCUCCAAGGGGUGGGAGCCAGCAGCCACCAGGUAGAGGACUUUCGCUUCUGUGGUGACCGAAACCAGACCCAGAACAGCUCUGUCAUCUACGAGCACAGCCCUGCCACCAUCUCCAUCGAGAACACAGCCCAGGCGCUGAUAAUAAAAAGGCCCUUUUUGCCAAAUGAGACAAACUCUUACUACGUGUACAGCUUGCCCCCUGCUUUGGGCAGGUACCGCUUCUGUGUCUACUGGUUCAAGGCCAACAGAACCCUGAGGCUGGCGUAUGGGAAACAGAGCUUCAUCCUGGGUGGGGACCCGUCCAGCAGCAUCAUCCGGAGGAAGGAGAGUCAGAAGACUGAAAGAACCAGCACCUCCAUCUUUAAUGUGUCCUACAUCUCAAAGGGCGGGAAGAACACCUCCCUUGAGAAUGCAUCUGAAUACUUCUUCACUUGUGGAGGCCAUUAUUUUAAUGAAGUGAAGGCCUCUCCAGAGAGCAUGCCCAUCUGUGAGGAAGACGUGGAGGAGCAGCUCACCGCCUUGGACAGCCUCAUCGCCCAGCCCCCAGUGCCAGAAGCGGGAGCCACGGAGCAGCAGAUGCUUCGGCGCAAACUUGGGGAGCUAGAGAAGACGCUGGCCAAGGUGGAGCUCGAAGGGCAGAACCAGACCUUUGGGAAGGCCACUGUGCACGCGACUGUCCUGAGGGUCCAGCCCACUCAGGCUCCUCAGCACGUGGCCUUUGCUUCUCAAAGAGAGAAGGGCGGAGAGGUCCAUGGGUUUGCAGUGGACCUGCCAAGCAGCUUGUUCAUAGUGGCAAAGGAGAGGGAGGAUGUGGUAGAGCACAGGGUGCUUCUCAUGGACAUCAACAGCCAGACCAUGUUCCAGGAUGAAAACAGCAGCCGUGUCUUGGGUGACAAGGUGGUCGGCAUCUCCCUAGUGGACACGGUGGUGGCCAAUCUCUCCCACCCAGUGGUCCUCACCUUAUUCCACAACCUGCUGCCGAGGAAUGUGACCCCGCUGUGCGUCUUCUGGCAGGAGGACACCACUGGCAGCACUGGGAGCUGGGACAGCUAUGGUUGUACAACAGUGACGGGGAACAGCCAGACAGACUGCAGGUGCAACCACCUCACCUACUUUGCUGUGCUGAUGGUAUCAUCCCCAGAGAUCACCUACAUACACAGGGAUUACCUGAGCAUCAUAACCUACAUCGGCUGCCUGAUCUCAGCUUUGGCAUCCAUUUGCACCGUCUUCUUCCUCUACUUCAGAAGCAAGCAGCGAGACCAGAUCACAAGUAUGCAUAUCCACAUGAACCUGCUGGGCGCCAUCUUCCUCCUGGACGUCACCUUCCUCAUCUCUGAGCACUUGGCUUCCAGCAGUAGCGAGGCAUUGUGCAGGGCUGGGGGGCUGUUCUUGCACUUCUCCCUCCUGAGCUGCCUCACCUGGAUGGGCAUCGAGGGCUACAACCUCUACCGGCUUGUGAUUGAAGUCUUCAACGCCUACCAUGACCACUUUCUCCUCAAGCUGUGCCUGGUGGGCUGGGGGCUCCCGUUCUUCUGUGUGACAUUGAUCUUCCUGGCUAGUUGGACGAACUAUGGCCCCUUCUCCAUUCCCAUCUAUGAAUCCGUUGGUGGCAAAUCCACCAACGCAACCAUAUGCUGGAUCACAAGCCCUUUGAUCCAUAAUGUUGUGAACCUGGGUUUCUUCAGCCUGGUGUUCCUCUUCAACUCAGUCAUGCUGGGGGCCAUGGUCCGGGAGAUCCUCCGGCAGAACAAGAAAGGCCACAAGCUCAAGCAUGUCCUCGCCCUCUUUGGGCUGAGCAUCCUGCUGGGCAUCCCCUGGGCACUGGUCUUCUUCUCUUUCACCUCUGGUGUCUUCCGCCUUGUCUCCCUCUACAUCUUCACCAUCAUCAACUCCCUCCAAGGUUUCCUCAUCUUCCUCUGGUACUGGACCAUGGUGCUGCAGGCAAGAAAGUCCCCUGACUCACAGAGCAGCUCUGACAGCGUCAAACUGCAGCCCAACAGCAGCCAGAGCCACCUCGGCUGAGCCCCGUGAUGGCUGUGCCACGCCGUGCUGGGGCUCCCCACACGGGCGACAGCCAAGGGAAGGACCAAUGCCGUCCGCUUUGCUACUGCAUCCACCCCGUAGGGCUGCUAGGAGCCCAGGGACCCGCAGUCGGGCCGGUCCCCCCUCGCCUCUGCCAGCCCCCUCACCCAUUUUCCUAGCCAGCGCUUCUCACCGGGCAGCAGCGCAUCCCUCGGCUUGGCAUCCCGAGGGCAGGAGGGAGGGGUGCUCACCUGGGCAGCGGGGGCUGCAGGGCACAGGGUCCCCGGUGCCUCUGGACAUCCCUUCCUGCGCCCUGAGGGCAGGGAUGAUGGGUGGGAGAGACCCCCCAUCUUCAGGCCUUGCUGGUGGUCACCGAGAAGUGAAGACAGAAGUCCCCAGUGAAGACAAGACUAAUUCUGCCCCCGCAACAUCCUCUAAGCAGCUGAAAUAAUCUAUUUUUGUUAUUUUGUUGAAUAUCUAUUUUUGAAUGGUGUAGAGGUUUAAUGAGUGCACCCACACACCAGACUUGUGCCCAUUAAAGUUGCUACUGCUCGGA